AUGUUUGGUGCCACCCCUGGGGGACAAAGCGCGUCAAGUGCGGCUUUUCCGCGCUCAUUCUCCUUCUCUGCGAACACUGAGACGAAACCUUCCUUUUCUUUUGGAGGUGCUUCCAGUUCGGGCCCGACGCAGAACCAAACGGGCAGUCUGUUUGGUUCGACUGCCCCAGGCAACACUUCAACGACAGCCAACCGUACAGGGCAGCCUGCCUCUACUGGCCUAUUUGGAAAUCAAUCUACACAGUCAGCCAAUACUCUAGGUGCCUCAUUGGGGACACAACCUACGGCGACGGGCGGAGGCUUGUUUGGCGCACAAAAUUCAACCAACAACACCGCUGGUGGAAAGGGCAUGUUCGGAGCUCAGAAUACCAACACCACUAACACAGGUGGGCUGUUUGGUGCUCAAAACAACAAUGGAGUGCCAGGAAGUAGCAACUUGUUCGGAGGACAGGCCAAUACUGCCAACAACACGGGAGGCGGCCUCUUCGGCGCCCAGAACAACAGCGCGGGAGGCGGUUUGUUCGGCAAUUCUUCUACUAAUACUGGCGCAAGCGGAGGGCUAUUUGGCGCGCAAAGCACGACUAACAAUAUGGGUGGCAUAGGCCCUUUUGGUACACAGAACAGCACGAAUACCUUUGGUAAUUCAGGCCUGGCUGGUCAGAACCAGCCGAACACCACUAAUCUUUGGGGAUCCAAACCCACAGGCGCAUCAUUUGGCAAUACCGCUCCUCAAAAUGUCUCGCCAAUGAUGCAGCACCCGUACUACCAGCGGGAAAGGUAUAAUGAGUUGCCUGAUACUCAGCGAUCUUUGCUAGAUAUGAUGGACAAGUUUAUCUCAUCGCAAACACAAAUCAAGAAUGAGCUUCGUGCACGCGAUGCAAGUGAAGAGAUGCGUCGCCUAAUGACAGAUGUACACGCUCUGAUAUCGAUGCAACAAUCGCUGUCUGCAACACUUGAAGCAGAUACUAUGCGCUUACAGUCCAUCACAGCGAAAGUCGAAAAGGACCGACACGAUAAUGCUAUGCUGCAUCAAGUAGCGACACAUGCCAAAGAGAAGCUGAGUGAUGGCAGCAGCUUUUUGGACUGGUUGCGACGCUUUUACGAAAAUGUCUCAGAUGAGGACCCCGCUCGCAUCCAGCGCUACCGGCUUACCAUGGAACAGCUUGAGCGUCACCUUAUCUCUAUUGAUCAACGUGAACAAUUUGCUCCCCAAGUGAUUUCGGAUAUCAUUCGUAACCAGAAUGCCUCCUUUAUGGCCAUGGCGGAGCAGGUUGCCACCUUGCACACGGAAAUUGAAACAUUAAAGAAAGACUAUAUUAAAUGGUAUCAAACACGUUUCCAGUCCGUUCGCGAUCCGUUCGCUCCCGUAGCAGCAGCCGCAGAUCGUUCAUGA